AUGAGAAGAACCUCUGGAAAAAAGAAUUUGACUGAUAACGACAAAAGAGCCAUCGUUGUGGGUCGUCAAAAUGGACUGACCAUGAUGACGUUGGCAGGAAUGUUCGGCGUGACAGAGGCGUGCAUUUCUCAGUUCCUAAAGCGUCGGAAAGCUCAAGAUGGCUCUACUAAGAGCCAACGCACUGGAAGACCACGUGUCAGUGAGGUGGUAUGAAAAAAACACCAGCGAAAAUUCAUACGGCGACUUUUCCGAUUUUUUCGUAUCGCUAGGGAACUUUCCGACGGCCACCUUUCCGACGGAUCCCUUUCCGACUUUUUUCCCUCAUGUUUUUCGGUUUAUAAAACAUUAUAAAAUUUUUUUCCCUGUUUUUUUUGUGUUUUAUUCAUGAACCAACUACCUACUUUAUAUAGGGAAAUUUAAAACGAAAAUUUUUAUCGAGAAAAAAAGUCGGAACAAGAUUCGUCGGAAAGGUGGCCGUCGGAAAGUUCCCUAGCAAUAUGAAAAAUCGGAAAAGUCGCCGUUUUAAUUGUCGCUGGUCUUUUUUUCAUACCACCGUCAGUGAUCGUAAUGACGAUAGAAACAUUUUGAAGACGUCCAGAACCAAUCCAAGACUCACCGCCCCUGCGAUCAGACAGGAAGUUUUCUUGAAUUCGCCAUCUCCGCCAUCCGUCUCGACCGUGAAACGACGUCUGCUGCUGGAAUCAUGAGAAGACGUCCAGUGAAGAAACCGCUGUUUCCUGGAAAGAAUCGAGCCGCCAGGGUGAAGUGGACGAAGGAGCAUCUCAACUGGACCCGUCAAGGCUGGAACAAGAUUCUGUGGUCCGACGAAACGGUCCUCCACCAUGUUUCACAGUGAGUAAGUGGUAUUUCGGAUGAUAUCUAGACCCAAUUGGUCUACGAACCCACUGAAUUCCAUCACUCCCGAAGAGGAGGAACUUGUUUUCGUCGGACCACAGAAUCUUGUUCCAGCCUUGACGGGUCCAGUUGAGAUGCUCCUUCGCCCACUUCACCCUGGCGGCUCGAUUCUUUUCAGAAAUAAGCGGUUUCUUCACUGGACGUCUUCUCAUGAUUCCAGCAGCAUUGAGACGUCGUUUCACGGUCGAGACGGAUGGCGGAGAUGGCGAAUUCAAGAAAACUUACUGUCUGAUCGCAGGGGCGGUGAGUCUUGGAUUGGUUCUGGACGCCUUCAAAAUGUUUCUAUCGCCAUUACGAUCACUGACACGUGGUUUUCCAGUGCGUUGGCUCUUGAUAGAGCCAUCUUGAGCUUUCCAACGCUUUAGGAACUGAGAAAUGGACGCCUCUGUCACGCCGAACAUUCCUACCAAAGUCAUCAUGGUCAGUCCAUUUUGACGACUCACAACGAUGGCUCUUUUGUCGUUAUCAGUCAAAUUCUUUUUUCCAGAGGUUUUUCUCAUGUCUGAAAACAUGAAAAAAAAACAUAUGGCAACAUUAUUACUUUUAAAAAAUUUAAUAAAAAUAAAUUUUAAAAAAAGCAUAAAAAACAAAAAAAAAUUGAAUUCAAUAAAAAAAUGCCUAAAAACGCGUCACAGUGAUUGCGGACAUAUCUUUGUAUACCAUAUAAGUUUCAAAGUAUAUUUUACAUAAUCCCUGAAAGUUAUAUAUAAAUCGGAUAAGUACUCGCUGAGAUAUCCUUAAAAAACCAAAACUUAAUAUACUUUUGAGCGGUACUGUAGGUCGCGGACAAGGUUGAUUUUUUGAAAACUACUUAUAAACAGUAAAUGCAAUUUUUUAAGCCAAAAAAAUAAAAAUUCUAUGUUCGCCGAAAAAAUUGAGAGGCGCGCAAAGUCAAAAAUUGUUUUCUCAAUUGCAAUGCAGUAUUGGAAGAUGUUUAUGCUUUUUUCAUAUUGAGAAAAACAUUGCUCAAAUAAUACUUGUUGAAAAACUACAAGCAAAUGUACUGUUUUGAGUGGUAAAAAAGGUGGAGAACUUUUUGGGAGUGAUUUUGAAACAUUUCCCGGUCGAAGACACGCGUUUUUUUCUUACUCAUUUAUAAGAGUUUUUUUAAUUUUUCAAACAAAUAAAAGCAAUAAAAUCGAAAAAUUCAAGAUCGCCGAAAAAAAUUUUUCUCAACAAAAAAAGGUGAAUAAAAAGUAGGCGAAAUUACAUUUUUUUAUGGGAUUCAAAGAGCACUGUAGGCUGUAUUUGUGCAGUCACUGAGACGAAAAAUGAUGGUAAAGUGGAAUUACAGCUCGUAAAACCUUCUCUUUUUGGCUCCUGAAACCGUGCCGCCCUUUGCAAAUAAGAGUGCGCGCAGAUUGCAUGAGAAUUCGCAAAACCAAAAAUUUCAGUGCAAACAUUUUUUUGCUUUUUCAAUUACUUUUAAAUAUUGUUUUUCUCCUCUUAUUCUUAAUAUUUUUUUCGUUUUUUUCUUUUUCUGUUUUCGCAUACUACAUGUUAAAAAUCAUUAUUUUUUUAUAACAAAAACGAGGAGCUAGCUUGAGUUCGAAAAAAAUAGGUCUGUGGUCCCUACUCUAAGGUAUAAGAUUCAACACAGGCAAACUCCAAACGGCCUCAAAGAGCCUUAAAAAGAAGAGUCUAAAACUCCUUUUUGAGUUCUUAGAAAGGUGUCAAAAUUUUCUCGGAAUCUCCUUUUUUCCAUCUUUCUUCUUUCCGCCUUUUUUACACUUCCUUGAAAGGUCUAGAAAAAAAAACGCCUUUGAGGCCUUUUUCCAAAAAUUCUUUUUGAGACCUUUCUGACUUUGUCCGUGCAUUAUACAACUUCAAAUUUAAAUCUUGGAGGAACAGAUACAAAGAAAAAAAUUCGAAUAUUGGCAGAUUGAGAAGUAAUUUUUUUUAAAUGCUCUGGACGUUGGAAAGUGAAAAAAUGCGCUUCAGGUUUCAUAACAUCAAUCGUUUUCAAUAUUUUCGAACUCUGAAGACUAACUAGGGAACUUUUUUAGAGAAAGAACAGUUACCUAAUAAGAUAAAUAAUUUUUUUCCAACAUAUUUGUUUCGCAAGAAGUUCAAAAAAGCGAAAAAGUUGGAAAACUUCGUGGGGGCUUUCAAAGAUAGAAAAGUGAUUGGAGUGGUCGCAGCCACGUAUGCUCGCUUUCCGUAUAAUAAACAUAUUCCUCAUUUUUUUUUUGUUCUUCUGUCAAUAUUUCAUGAUAACUGUCGUUUCAAACAAUUGUAAGUGCGAAUUAUCUAAUUAAGAAGUCCAAAAAAAUUCCAUUUCACUGAAAUUGUCUCACAAGGAAGAUCCUUUUACUCAGUCGUUAGUAAAUUCCUGAAAACUGGCCAGAAUACUCCUUGAUGUACUAGAGUAAGUCUCAACCUGCUCAUCUUCCUAGAUUUUGAAAAAAUAAAGGUUCAAACCCCCAAGCUACACAUUUUAACAAAUUUUGAGGUUUUCUUUAACUUUGAGGUGUCCUUACUCAAAGAAUAGAGAGUUGACAAGGUUCAGGAUUCUAGGAUUUUUUUUGUGUCAUCAAGGAGUGUUCUAGCCGCUAUUUCAGGAAAUUCCCACCCCUCAAGACCUCACGAAUAUAUCGACCGAAUUUCGAAAUUUUUUCGAAAAGACAUUCAUACUAGCCAACCAAAAAUCUCCUCAAACAACAUUUAUGAAUUUUAUUUUUUGAUCUUUAGAAAUAGAAAGACUCUAAAGACCUCUCGUUUUCGAGUUAGGACCCUUCAAAAGUCCGAAAUAGCGCUUUUUUGUCCUAAUUUGCGUAUGUUGCACACUUUGAAGCUCCAUAACUCGGAAACAAGAUCUAUUGCGAAAAAUAUUUUUUCUUGCUCUGCAAUCAGAAGGCCCUAUAGCACCUUUUAGCUUUUAGGGGGGGACGUUUUCUUGUUUGUCCUGAGAGUUCGGAAAUAAUAAAAACGAUUAAAGUCUUGUAAUCAGAGAAGCGCAUUUUUCCACUUUCCAUCGUUCAAAUCAUUUAAAAAUUGACUUCUCAUUCAAUAUUCGAGUUUUUUUGUAUCUGUUCCUCCAAGGCUCAAAUGGGAAGUUUUUAUAAUGCACGGGCAAAUUCAAAAAUGUCUCGAAACGUACUUUUGAAAUAAAGAUGCCUUUUUCUAGACCUUUUUCUGAAAAGGACCUUCAAGUAGGUGUAGAAAAAGAAGGAGGAAACAAGGUGGGAAAAAGAAGAUUCCGAGAAACUUUUGACACCUUUUUAAGAACUAAAAAAGGAGUUUUAGACUCUUCUUUUGAAGGCCCUUUUGAGGUCGUUUGGACUUUGCCUGUGUUGAAUCUUAUACCCUAGGGAGCAUUUUAGUGUACACCCUGAUCUGUUAAUAAAUUAUUAUAUCUAAAAAAAAUUACGGAAGUUUAUUUGAUUCGUCAAAAAUGCGAUGUUAGGGUUGCGAGGUUGAAGCCAGAAAAAUAAAACUUCAAAUCAAUUUUUUGGCCUUUUUGCCCGGAAAACAGUAAUAGAAAAUCAACGUUUCCGUGAGAAUCUGUACCUCACGAACGAUUUUUUGACCAUUUAUGUCGCGUUUUGGUUCAAACCAUUCUCUUAUUAAAUAUCGAAGAUUCUUCGGAUUUGCUAUUAAAAAUGUGUUACUAGCUUUCAUGCCAUUCAAGAAAAGCUUGAGACGAAAGUUACUAUCGUUAUGUCUGAAUCUCUUCUUUCUGCACGCUAUUUCGCUAAUCAUAUUUCCAUGCGAUAUUUUCCCAGGCCCAUGGUGAAUGUACUUUGAAUAAAAAAAUUUAAAAAAAAAAAAAAACAAACUUCAAAUUAACUCCCUUGUCAAGAUCGAUUCGAGGAAAAUAUUCCAAAACUGUCGGGACACUAAUAAUCAAAUAUACUUUCUCCCUUUAAAAAAAGUUCAGCUGAAACUCAUUUUUAUUGACGUUUGAGAUUUAUAUUGGCCUCAGCUGAAGUUUCAUUUCUUGAUAAGACUAAUUAUUUUAAUUGCUUUAAAAUUUCAUAUCUUCAAAGCUAAAAGUUUGCGCAGUUAGCCUUGAGGUAUUUUAAUGAAAAAGAAUUUUGAGCAACUUAUAGAAAAUUGUGGUUCUACGAACUAAAACUGAACUAAAACUGACUUUUUUGUCAAGAUCGAUUCAAAAAAAAUUACAGACAACAAGCAGUACAAUAUUAAUAAAAAAAGGAACAUUUCCCCUUCGAAAAGUUUAGCUGAAACUUAUUUUAUCGAAGUUUAAGCUUUACUUUUGGCCUCAGCUGAAAGCUUCAUUUCCUAGAAAAAAAUCCAAAAAUUUUAUGGUUAUCAAGAAAGACUUACAUAGUUCAAAAUUUCUCAAAGAUUACAAAUAGGCCUCCUUUAUUCUGCCGCUACUUUUUGUAUUCAGCUACCUCCCGCCAAAUUUAUUUGAAUGUGUAGUUGGUUUCCCACAUUCACUCCUGUCAGCCCGAAGUAAAAAAGGACAUCUUUGUUUGUUUCACAUAUUUAUUUGUGUACCCAGACAAUCGGAAGUACAAAAGGAUCAAUUACAAAACGUGCUAAUUCUCCUACUGACAUCUCCACGAGUUGUUCAUGCCUCUGGCAAUCAUCACCUUUGAAAAAAAGUCCUCAUUCUUUCAAUGUUAACUUUGAAAAAAACUCAUUUAUUCUCGAAAAAUCUGAUCAAGACGCUUUUUUUCAGAGUUUUUUUAUAACUAAAAAAAUCGUAAACCAGUUUUUUUCAAACCUGUCAAAUCUUUUUUUCCGAUCUUAUUGAAUUUCAAAAAAACGGCUUUAAAAUGACCCCAUUGUGGCAGCUCCUUUUCGGAAUUUUUGCCGAGAAAAAAAUUAUUAUAAAUUAUCGACUUUUCAACGAGCAACGAGACUAGGAAAAAUAUUUCGAAAUGGUUAAAAAAAAUGCUGAAGCGCAAAUUCUUGACAAGAAGCGCUUUUAUCAAAAUUUACAGAUCUAUUAAACUUAAAGUUUAUUUUUCUAUUCGUUUUCCAAUUUCUCUUUGGCAAAUGAUGAGGCUAAAAAAACUCCGUUUGAAAGCACUAUGAAAAAAAGAUCAUAGGUUUGAAUAUAACGUAUUUCUGACCCGUAGAAGUUCAAGCCCCAAUUUUCCUUCUUAAAAAAAGAUUAUUUUUUUCUUAAUAUCUACAAAAUCUGCAAAAAAAUCCGUCCUUUUCCUAUCUUUUUUUAUUUUAAUAUUUCAUAUGAUCCAAAGUUUUUAAAUAUUUCUCGGAAUUCAAAUCUUCCUAAUAAGGGUUUCCGUCGUACCCAUUACUUUUUUCCACACCGACACAAUUUCCCAUGUCUCAUCUUUAUAAUUCCCGUCAAUCAAAAAAAAACCUACAAAAGCGAUCUUUGUUUGUUUCCCAUUCUUCUUGUACACUUUAUCAAUCGGAAAUACCAAAGGAUCAAUUACAAAAAGUGCUAAUUCCCCUACCGACAUCUCCACGAGUCGCCUUUGCCUCUGGCAUUUAUCCCAUAUUGAGCGUUUACCGCCUCAAGACAAACAAAAGGUGCCAAACGUGGGCGGAGUCGAGGGUCGGGCCAAGUCCCAAGUUUUUCAGAUCUUCAUUCGGUCCCGACUCCACUCUGCCGAGCCGUUGUUCUCUGUCCUUUCGAACUCUACUUUCGUUUGCUACUUUGCCAAGAGGUUGGUUUUUUUUUUUCGUUUAUUAUAUUUUCAUUCUUCUCUAGCUUGUACUCCUUUUCCCAGAAGAGAAUGUAGAGUUUGAUAAUUUUUUCUAAAAAAACCCGAUUUCAUUUUCUUUUUUUAAUUUUCCCAAGAGCACCUUUAUAUAGAGCUUUUAACAUCAAAGUUUCAAAAUUUUAGUAAAUUGCUUCAAACAAGAUAUUUUUUUUCCACUCUAAAAUAGAGGUUUUGUAAUUUUGAAGCUUCCCUAAAAGCGAUUUUAGAAUAUUGAAAUCAUUCUCAUUUCAAUCCAAAAAAAUGGAAGGAAAAUGAGAAAUUUUUUUCUAUUCUGUAUUUUUAUAUUUUUGUGUUUGAGUGAGAUAAAUAAAAUAAAUAAAUAAAAUCGGUAAAAAUUGAUGAAACUUCCACCCUCUUUUUGUUCUGAUUCUCAAAAGUUCAAUGUCGGACUUUUACAGAACUAAAAAUGUACCAAGACGAACUGACCGCUGCCGAAAUCAUCACGCCGCCAAUGUUUGAAAACGAGAGACUCCUCGACGAAAUGGUUAGUUCCUCAUUUCAUUUUUUUAUAGCCUCCUUUUUUCUAAGCUUUUCAUUCUGUACCGUACAGAAGUAAGAAGGAAAAUAUUGGUUUAUUUUUCAAAAAAACACCAAAAAAAUAGAUUUUGAAAUUUUGUAAGAGCUACGUAAUUAUGUAGAAAAAAAAUUUGGUGGUUUUUUGAAGGAAUUUACCACUUGAAAGUUCAUAUUUUUUUCAAGUCGUCAUGAACCAAAAAUUCCGAAAAAUUCCAAAAUCUCAAAACAAGAAACAUUUUUUGAAUGAUAACUUUUAAUUUGACCGGUUAAAAAUGGGCAGUACUUUAGAGUUUAUUUCAUCACAAAAAAGUGGAAAAUUUCAAGUUUUAGCGUCAGAAUCAAGUAUGCAUUUUUAGGCCGAUACUUUUCCGAACCAGGAUUUUCCGAAUCGAAAUCCGAACCGAUACUUUUCCGAACCGUACUUUUCCGAAUCGGGUGUAUACUUUUCCGAACCCAAAUUUAUUAUGCUUUUCCGAAUCGUAAUUCAAUUAAUUCUUCAGGUGGUACCGUCAUUUUCAAUCCGAUUCCUUAUAAUUUUUUUCCCAGAGUGCAGCCUUCCGUCUGACCAUUUACGAAACUCGAAUAGGAUUCAUUUUUCCUCGAGUGCUCUUUCAGAAACUUUUUUUCUUGGUUCUUUCGAUUUAAGAACGGACUGUGGCAUCGCCAAUGCCAACGGUCCGCUCUGAAGUUGACUGGCCCGUUUUCGUCUUAAAAAUUUGAACUUGGAAAACAGUUUCAAGAUUCGAAAUUUCGGUGUGCAGGAAGGACUUUAAAUCCGCAAGUGCUCUUCAGAGCUGACCGUUGGCAUUGGCGAUGCCACAGUCCGUUCUGAAAUCGAAAGAACCAAGAAAAAAAGUUUCUGAAAGAGCCCUCGCGGAUUUAAAGUCCUUCCUGCACACCGAAAUUUCGAAUCUUAAAACUGUUUUCCAAGUUCAAAUUUUUAAGACGAGAACGGGCCAGUCAACUUCAGAGCGGACCGUUGGCAUUGGCGAUGCCACAGUCCGUUCUGAAAUCGAAAGAACCAAAAAAAAAAGUUUCUGAAAGAGCACUCGAGGAAAAAUGAAUCCUAUUCGAGUUUCGAAAAUGGUCAGACGGAAGGCUGCACUCUGGGAAAAAAAUUAUAAGGAAUCGGAUUGAAAAUGACGGUACCACCUGAAGAAUUAAUUGAAUUACGAUUCGGAAAAGCAUAAUAAAUUUGGGUUCGGAAAAGUACACAACCGAUUCGGAAAAGUACGAUUCGGAAAAGUAUCGGUUCGGAUUUCGAUUCGGAAAAUCCCGGUUCGGAAAAGUAUCGGCCCAUUUUUAAGUUAAAACUCGGACAUUGGUAACGCGAAACGAGGCAUUUCUAGUGACCACUUUAGUAGCGCCAGUCCUCUCAAGUGACCCCUAGAACUGCACAGAAACGUUUCCCCUUACGAAUGUCCGAGAAUGAACAUAUUUCCAACAGCUCAAAGAUAUUUUUGAAAAUAUUUUCCAUUCUUAAAACUUAAUUUUAAGCCAGGACUAAACCUCAUCAAAAUUCCAGGAAGAACACGAGAAGUACUGCCGCUUGGGAGAAACGCCGGCGCUCUUCUUCAACCAGGAAGAAAAGGAGGCGUACUUGAGAGACUUUUGGCCCAAGUCGGAGGAGGAAGACGAGCCGGAGCUGCUCAAGCUGACGGAGGAGGACCGGAGCCCGAAGCCGAAAGGAGACUCGCCUUCCGAGGAGCAUCUUUUCGAAGACGACGAGGAGAUUUCGAAGGAGAUGGACCUGCCGCCAAUCUCCCCAAUGCCACUAACUCCUCUGCCUACUUUUGAUUUUGUGCCGAUUUUCUUUCCAGAACGAUACCCAAUAGAGUUCACGCCAACUCUCUCCACCCUCGUACCUCUGACCACGGAUCUUCUUGUAGGAAUGAAGCGGCUCGGAAUCCCUCAAAGUGAGGCUCCGAACGUCAUCUCUCAGUUCUUUUUGGAUCAUGGUUUAGUGCCAGAUCUCAUCUCUCAAAUUAAUUCCACUUAA